AUGGGUAAAGGAAAGCCCCGUGGUCUCAACGCCGCCCGCAAGCUCGAGGCGCACCGCAAGGAGCAGCGCUGGGCUGAUCUCCACUACAAGAAGCGCCUGCUCGGCACUGCCUUCAAGUCCUCUCCCUUCGGUGGUGCUUCCCACGCCAAGGGUAUCGUCCUCGAGAAGGUCGGUGUUGAGGCCAAGCAGCCCAACUCCGCUAUCCGCAAGUGUGUCAAGGUUCAGCUCAUCAAGAACGGCAAGAAGGUCGCUGCUUUCGUCCCCAAUGACGGUUGCUUGAACUUCAUCGACGAGAACGACGAGGUUCUCCUGGCCGGUUUCGGUCGCAAGGGCAAGGCCAAGGGUGAUAUUCCCGGUGUCCGUUUCAAGGUCGUCAAGGUCUCUGGUGUCGGUCUCGCCGCUCUGUGGAAGGAGAAGAAGGAGAAGCCCCGCUCUUAA